GGUUUCUUGGAAACAGUAGCGUAUUAAUUUCGCCCCGAGUGGAGGAUAUCUGCCACGUUUUGAUUUUUCGAUCAGUUGUGUUUUAACUUUGUGCAAGUUUGUUCGAUUUGGAUGACCAAAACCGGUGCAUGAACUUCAUCUACCUAUAUGGAUUUGGAUUUCUUUAUGCAGACAAUAGUAAGUACCUUCAUACUUUGUAACCUUAUACCGUGUAUCGAUUAAUAUUCAUUGUGUGGGUAACUAUUUUAUAAAAUUCGUGAAACUUGACUGAUGGGAUACAUACAUUUCAGGGCGAUAAUUGUACUCAAAUUCUGAUCGGUUUCCUUGUAACUACGUUUAAUUCACCGUCAUAAGUGAGCUCAUGAUACACACAGUUCCAUUCUACAAUACGCGAGUAAUUACGUAGAUCAAGAAUAUUGACCAACUUGGAGCAUAGGUACAUAUUUUGAAUUUUCUGCAGUUGCGGUAUUGUUGAAAAUUUUCAUUGUUUCGAUACUCUACUGCACGUUCUAGAUUACUGUCUUAUUUGUUCUUAACAUGCUGAGAAAUUUGAGAAAUUUGAGAGAAUCGAGGAUGAGAGUUCCAUCAAAAAAAGGGUUCAAGAAGAAGAAACGUUUUUAUCUGUAUAAGGGGAAGAAAAAAACUGAAGUGUGUUCAGCAAGGUUUUACAGAGAAAUUGGAAAAGACUUGGCGAAAUUUUCAUCCGUCGAGAUGAAACCCCCAGUUGAUUCAAUUUCCAAAUCUUAUAAGCAUAAAUCGUUCGAUGCCUCUACCAGUUUGAUCGACUUGAUAAAUCCCAACUCGUCUACUAUUUCAACAUCACGUGUAAACCUACCUCGAAUGCCAUCUUGUGAAGGUUCAAGUUCGGAUGAAUCUGAAAUGAGUGAUGCUUCAUCAAACAGUACUGACUCUGAUGAAAAUUUAUCAUCUGAUGACUUUGAUGCAUAUGAAAACAUGCAGUUCUCUUCAUCAGAAUCUUUUGAGACUGAUAUAUGUAAUGACUUUAAUAUUCAAGAAAAUCCUACAUCAAGUUGUGCUGUUCAAUUUAGAGAAAAGUUGAAAGUGUGGGCUGUAAAACAUCGUGUGACCAGAAGUACGGGCAAUGAUUUGCUCGAAAUUAUAAAUAGUAGCGUACCUAUUGCAGAAUGUUUGCCCAAAGAUUUUAGAUCAAUUCUAGGAACUCGAUCCAACCAAAUUGAUUAUAAUUUAGAAACCCUUAAAAAUGGAAAUCUGGCCUACUUUGGUAUACAGAAUGUAUUAAAUUCAGCGAAAGAUCCAUCUGCUUUUUUUGAUUUAUGCAGCAGUACAAUAGAAAUUAUCAUAAAUGUUGAUGGGCUUCCGUUGGCCAAAUCAUCUACCGUGCAAGCUUGGCCCAUUUUAGCCCAUGUUCAGAAUUUCGAAGUUUUUAUGGUUGCUAUAUUCAUCAGCAACUCAAAACCUGACGAUUCAAACGAUUUUCUCAAGAAAUUUGUGACUGAAGUAACCCAGCUUUAUGAUAAUGGAUUGUGUGUUCGUGAAAAAAAGUAUAGUUUCAAAUUAAAAGCGAUAUGUGCAGAUGCCCCAGCAAAGGCUUUCUUGAUGAACUUGAAAGGUCAUACGGGGUUUCACAGUUGUGUCAAGUGCCGAGUACGCGGACGUACAUGUGAAAAUCGUACCUACUUCAAAGAUCUAAAUGCUUCUAAAAGAACACGAGAUGAUUUUGAGAAAUGUGAAAACAAUCCUUUCUGUCACACAAGGUCAUUACUAAUGGAUGUUCCGAAUUUUGAUCCUAUCAAUAUGGUACCCUAUGACUAUAUGCAUUUGUUAUGUUUAGGAAUUAUGAAAAAAUUGAUUGAAUUAUGGAUGCAAUCAAUUCCUAGAAUAUCGAGACGAGUUCUAAAAAAAACACCAAAGGAUAUUUUAAACAAUCGUCUAAAAACCGUGGCAAAUUUUUGCCCUGUAGAGUUCGUCAGACAUCCUCGAAGUAUCGAUGAGUAUAAAAGAUGGAAAGCCACAGAGUUCAGAACGUUUUUAUUAUAUUAUGGUACUGCUGUACUUAUUGGUGUAUUACCGACAGAAAAAUUGAAACACUUUCAACACUUGCAAUUUGCCAUUAGGUUACUAUUUAAAAAUAAAAUAGACAGAGCUCAGGAAAUCAUUCAGAAGUUUGUAUCCACUUUUUCUACGCUUUAUCACAAGUCGCUAAUAAACCAUAACCUACAUGGACUGAUUCAUUUUGCCGAAGAUUGCAGGGUAUUUGGUUCGCCAGACUCUUUUUCGGCAUUUCCUUUUGAGAACUUUUUAUCAGUAAUUAAAAAACUCUUCAGAUCUGGGAAUGCGCCUUUGAUGCAAAUAAUUAAUCGUUACAGUGAAAUACUCAAAGUAACAGAAAAAAAAUCUGAAAGUGCUAAGGUAAAAAUAUCACAUCCUCAUAAACUGCAUAAGCAAAUGUUCUCCUCAUCAUCAGAAAGAGAAAUCGUGAAUGCAUAUCAACGAGUUCACAUGGGAAAUUUUACAUUACGUUGUGACCGAGAUGGUGAUCGCUUCUGUAAAUUGAAGGAUGGAAGUUUUAUAAGAAUAAAGGAUUUUAUAGAGGUAGUGAAUCCUAUCACUAAUGAGUCGAGAAUUUGUAUAAUUGGUGAAAAAUUCAUGGAGGUAGACUCAUUGUACGAUAUUCCUUGGAAAUCUGACGAAGUUGGGAUUUAUGAGGCAAGGAAUCUCGAGAAAAAUCUCCGAUCAUAUGGCAUUGAAAAGUUUCAAACAAAAUGCUUUGCGUUUCCAAGUUUCAACCACGAAGGCGCAUACGUCCUUGCUGAAAUGUUUUAGGAAAAUCAGGAAAAUAUACGUUUCACAGAAUUAUGGACAAGAAACGAUUUGUUGUUAUCGAAGAACCUGAUAAAGCUCUAUUAGUUCUCCCUUCCAUAUGGGUCAACGACGACCGUACAAUAAAGAACUACAU